AUGACAGACAGUGACGAGGACAACCCCAGGAAAGGCAACGAUGCUCUCAUCCGCGCAGUCAAAGCAGGAAAAGUCCGAGUCGUGACGUCACUUCUGGAGUCGAAGAUCGAUGUGGAUGCACAGGAUGAUUCGGGCCAAACUGCCCUCAUGAUGGCUGUGGAAGUGGGUAAGGAGGAUCUGCGGACUCACAUGGUCAGGUGCCUUUUGAAGAAAAAGGCAAAUGUCUCUUUGCAGGAUGACCACGGCAUGACGGUGCUGAUGCACGCAUGCGCGAAACUGGGACGUGAUGACGUGGUGCGUCAGAUUGUCCGGAAUCAUCGUUGUGAUCCGAAUACCAAGGAUGAUGAGGGAAAUAAUGCCCUGAUACACGCCGUUUAUAGUGGUAACGCGCCUGCCAUCAGAAUAAUCGUGAAUUCCUCUUUCACCAAGUCAAAGCUAAACGUUGACCUUUGGAAUGGAAGCGGCAUGACCGCCUUGUUCUUAGCAUUUAAACUACAACAGAGCGAGUGUUGUCGGGUGUUGGUCAAUGAGGGCAGGGCAGAUACUGGGUCGAUUUUGGACAAACAGGGACUUUAUAGGAUACUCAACGGAGAAUCGUUCAUCAGUCCCCAACUUCACCGACGGAGUAUUAGCGAAAAUCGGGCGGCGCCAAUGAAACACCCGAAACCACAGCCAAUCGUCCACCCAAUGCGGUUCCCUGAUAUAAACAUUAGACCCUCCUGUCAAGAUGAUUCACAUCCCGCCAUACCCACGCAAAAGAAGAAAAAGAAACGCAAACAUAAGAAAAAGAGACAGCGCCGCGGCGACAACCUAGACGCAGACGACGAGCAGGAAGAUGUACUGCAAGGCCCGCCAAAAACACUCACACCGAUUGCGACUCGAAAGCAGGUUUUACCGCCGACUAUUACCAGCAACAGGAGGGAACCAGCAAUGAGGAAGGCUCCCAGCGUCGCGAUGAAGCAUUACAACACGCCUAGGCGUAGUAACGAUACGCCGGACUACGCCUCGGACUUCGAAACGGACUCCGUGACGGGUUCAAACCAACUUAGAUCGCAUCCGGUCCUCGGGCCUAUUGGUGCAACUCGGCGGGCAGACGAAGACAGUUCGCGCCCAAAUGCACUCCUCCCGUCUAUUCCGCUUGGGAGGAGUAGCCUUGUCGCCAGCAGUAUUCAGGAAGACGACAGAGCAACAACCGUGUGACGAAAACGUUCUUCGAAUAUACUGUCAAUACUGCAGAUGCGUAAGUCCCUUGUUGGCAGCCAACGCAGGGGAAGUGCCAACUUGCGACGACUCCGGACCGAGUUUACAGUAAACUCAGUGACUGAGUUCGAAUACGCUUAUUGAAGAACCAGAGCGGGAUGAAGCUUUGUGUUUAGCGAAAACAGUAAGUUCAUCACUCUACCGUGUUAGGAGUUUGGUUUUUGGUCACACUUCUAUGGAUGUGUAUGUUCGAAGGAAUGUAACGUCCUUGUCCUCCAAAGCGAUCCAUUUGAUGUUCUUGAGAUCUAGUUCUCUUAGGAGGAUAACACCCCUUGGCCACUGCUGGAGGAGUAUGCGUAUAGAGUAGCACCUGCCCUGUGGAGGACCUUUACAUCUCCAAGGACCACUUUGAGUAGCAUCUCGUGUCCAGUACUGGACAACUGUGACACCUCUAUUGACAACUUUGGAGGAACAUAACUUGUCCCGUGCUAAACACCCGCAAGGACCCCUUUUGGAGUAACAUCACUUAUCUUGUACUGGAGGAAUAUGCGUCUAGAGGAGCAUUUGUUCUGUGGAGGUCUUUAACGUCUCCAAUGACCACUCGGAGUUACAUCAAUUGCUCUGUAGUGGAAGAUCGUGAAACCCUCAAGGACCCCUUUUGGGGUAACAUCACUUAUCUUGUGCUGGAGGAGUAUCACUUGUUCUGUACUGGAAGAUCGUGACACCCACAAGGACCACUGGGAGCGACAUCACUUGUUCUGUACUGGAAGAUCGAGACACCCACAAGGUCCACUUGGAGAAACAGCAUUUGUGCCGUAUAUUGGAGGACUGUUGCAUCUCCAGAUAAAAUCGGAAUAACAUCACUUGUCCUGUACUAGAGGACUUUGGCAUGGACGAAUUCAGUGUCACAUUUGUAACAGGCGACGGGACAAUGCCCGUCCACUGCCUCCGGAGUGUAGAACUAGUAGGCUGUAAUAUCUCUAAGGGACAGCUAUUGUCCUGUUCUGGGAGAAGACAAAUGGGAGAGAAUUUGAGGGACCAGCAAUUGUCCUGUUCUGGGAGAAGACAAAUGGGAGAGAAUUGGAGGGAACAGCAAUUGUCCUGUUCUGGGAGAAGACAAAUGGGAGAGAAUUGGAGGGAACAGCAACUGUCCUGUUCUGGGAGAAGACAAAUGGGAGAGAAUUGGAGGGAACAGCAAUUGUCCUGUUCUGGGAGAAGACAAAUGGGAGAGAAUUGGAGGGAACAGCAAUUGUCCUGUUCUGGGAGAAGACAAAUGGGAGAGAAUUUGAGGGAACAGCUAUUGUCCUGUUCUGGGAGAAGACAAAUGGGAGAGAAUUUGAGGGAACAGCUAUUGUCCUGUACUGGGACAAGACGAGUGGGAGAGAGCUUGAUAGGGAACAGCUUCUGCCAGGACUAGCUUUCCACAAUUUUACCCUAUCAGUUGUUUGAUAUAUGUUAAGGGAGGAUGCAUGUAAUGUAUAAUCAGUGUGAUCACCCUGUACAAUAUACAUGUACAAUCAGUCUGAAUGACAAUCAUUUUGAUGGCAACCAUGGUUACCAAUGCUUUGUUCAGAACCAAUGGUACAGUAGUACCUCUCUAUUGAGGACAC